CGGAUGUGGGUAUUUUUUUCUUCCCCAGCCUCUCCUAAUGAGGCAUAAACUGGAGCUGCAGCCCAGCUCCGCACUGCAACUUUCACUCGGGCCGCGGCUCUGCUGAGACGGUUUUGUUUAAAUCAUGUGAGGCUUCAUUAUUUUUAUGAUGAGACAUGAAAUAGAUGCAGGCGGAAGAUGUUGAUGGAAGGAGGGAGAGCAGAGCAGCUGCGGCGCGGAACGUCUCAAGUACGACUCGAGUGGAUAAUAGUCAAAGUUCACGAGGAACUGCAGCAUUUCCACACCCCCGACUCCCGGGGAGAGAGGGGCGGGGAGAGUUUGGAAGGAGACGUUCGCUCCGGCCCGGCCCGGCCCGUAGGAAGGGUGAUUCGGUCUUAGGUGGGUUCCGGACCCACUCCCCUUACUUGCUGGAAUUCAUCACCCCCCUCCCCCAAGAGUUGAAAUGACCAUCUUUGGGUGCUUAUGGCCACUUCUGCCUCUCUCCACUCUGCCGUAAUAACAAAAUGCUGUUCCUGCAGGAAGGAAAAGUGACCGUCGGGGGGGGGGGUGGUUGGGGAGAAGUGGCGAGAAGAGAGAGGUUUCGGGGAGCAAGGUGCCUCUGUCCUAAUAGGUUGAGAUUCAGACUGAUGCGGCACAAUUUUACGGGGGCUACCCAGACUGCUGUUAUGAAAUACAAGUCAGAUUUAUGAUCUUUUUCAUAUUGAACAUGAUAUGCUAUGCUAACGCUGCAUGUGACAGUUUAAUCAAAUCCAUUUGUUACCAUGAAGCUAAAAGGGGCCGCUGGGAUUUUGGGAUUACGGGCAGAGUUAAGGAAGCAUGUGGCUUUGUCAUUCGCCAUCAUUUUGCACACUGCCACACUGCGAGGGGCUCUGUGUGUGCGCUGUGUCUCGUCUGGCUGCCCUCAUCCCUUCCCCCACCCCCCGCUGCCGCUCCGACCCGCUCCCAAAGUGGCUUCACAAUAGUCGGUCCUCGGUGGAGGCUGCGCACCAGGUCCGCACUUGAGCUAAAUUUGAGAGACCCCCUUCCACUUCUACCUUUUGGGCUGGGUGCUCAAUGCGAAGCUGCUGCAACUCAGGCACGCCUAAGUCAACUCAUGCAGAAAAAGGAGAAAAGUUUUGGUAUACAAAUGCUCUCAGUCCAGCCAGACACCAAGCCGAAAGGUUGUGCUGGCUGCAACCGAAAGAUCAAGGACCGGUAUCUUCUAAAGGCACUGGACAAAUACUGGCAUGAGGACUGCCUGAAGUGUGCCUGCUGUGACUGUCGGUUGGGAGAGGUGGGCUCCACCCUGUACACUAAAGCUAACCUUAUCCUUUGUCGCAGAGACUAUUUGAGGCUCUUCGGCGUAACAGGAAACUGUGCAGCUUGUAGUAAGCUCAUCCCUGCCUUUGAGAUGGUGAUGCGCGCCAAGGACAAUGUUUACCACCUCGACUGCUUUGCAUGUCAGCUUUGCAAUCAGAGAUUUUGUGUUGGAGACAAAUUUUUCCUAAAGAAUAACAUGAUCCUUUGCCAGACGGACUACGAGGAAGGUUUAAUGAAAGAAGGUUAUGCACCCCAGGUUCGCUGAUCUAUCAACAUCACCCCAUUAAGAAUACAAAGCACUACAUUCUUUUAUCUUUUUUGCUCCACAUGUAUAUAAGAAUUGACACAGGAAUCAACUGAAUAGCGUAGAUAUAGGAAAGCAGGAUGGUUAUAUGGAAUAAAAGGCGGACUGCAUCUGUAUGUAGUGAAAUUGCCCCAGUUCAGAGUUGAAUGUUUAUUAUUAAAGAAAAAAGUAAUGUACAUAUUGCUGGAUUUUUUUGCUUGCUAUUCGUUUUUUUGUGUCACUUGGCAUGAGAUGUUUAUUUUGGACUAUUGUAUAUAAUGUAUUGUAAUAUUUGAAGCACAAAUGUAAUACAGUUUUAUUGUGUUACCAUUUGUGUUCUGUUUGCUUCUUUGUAUUGUUGCAUUUAGUACAAUCAGUGUUUAAACUUACUGUAUAUUUAUGCUUUCUGUAUCUACCAGCUAUUUUAAAUGAGCUGUAACUUUCUAGUAAAGAAUUGAAGAGCAAAUCUCACUAAUGAUACACAUAUAGAUAAAGCAAGUCUAUCAACAUUAAAAAUACUGAAAAAGAAAGACACACAAAGCAUUUUAGCAACAUCCACUAUUAUUACCACUAUGAUUUAGAGUCUAUCCGUGUUCUCAUUAUAACCCCCUAUUUUCAGGGGGUUAAAGAUCAGCUUUAAAAAAUACAUAAAAAUUUCAUCUUAAAGCACUUUCAUUUUUUACCAACGUGAAAAGUGCCAUUUUUAGAAUAACUUUAAAGCUUAACAGUUAUCCUUUUAAUAUCCUUUUUUGUGCUCUUUAUCUAUUCAAUGGCUCUGUUUUGUUUCCUUCAGCCAUUCACCCCUUACGUGAACUAGUGCCUUUGGGUAUCAUUUAAGAAUUUUCCAAAGGGUUACUUUAAAAAAGUGUUACUGCAAUUAUGAGAUGAUUUUUAAAAUGAUAAAUUUCCUGUACAAAUUUUGCCCAGAUUUCUCCAUAUGAGCUAAGGGUAUAAUAACUUCACGGUUUGAUACAUUUCUGGCACUAAAAGGUUUUGAGUGCGAAUCUACUGAAACCAUGAUAAUGCACACUGAAGCUGUGAUAGUUGAGGAGUGAAGUUACUUUUGAUCAGAGCAACGUAGUGCUCACAAAAUCUUCUAGAAGAAGAGAAACAAAGGGAUUGAUAAAAAGCUGAGGACUGGUGAUUAUAUAUUUUUCAGGAUUUACCCACUUAUUUUAACGUUCAAAAGUGAACGCUUUAAAAGUGUGACGUGUCUUACUCUCAUUGCUUUCUCUAAAUAAUUACCCACUCAGAUCACCCUUAGGCUGUAAUCUGUCAUUCCAUUUUUUAAAGGUGAAAAAUCAUUCUCUUACCUACAUGAUAACUGAUAAAGAAAAAAAGCUUUCUAGAAACAAAAAUUAUGGAGACCGAUUAUUUAAACUGCAAUUAAGGAAAUAAAGAUGAGACUAUGUUCCCUUCUUCUGGGUUGCUCACACUUUGCUUGUUUGCUUUUGCUCUAUGAGAACUACUUUUCAACAAAUCUAAUUCCACAAUAGGCACAUGUUUGCGAGAGCAAACUUUAGUGCUGUGGGCUUUCUUUUUUCCUUGCUUUUUUUUCUUGAUCACUUGUAUAAGAAACAGUAUUUCCCAGUGUUAUUUGCAUACAUACUUUGUCCUAACGAUAAAUGCACUGCAAAUGAAAAUUAAAUGUGAUACCUGAAUUCUUGGUUUGGGGCCAAAAUAUUAAGCUGAAAAUAAUGCAGGUGUGGAUUUGAGUUGUUUUCAAACAAAGCUUUACUAUGAACAUGCAUGUGAGUCUGGAUAUUGCUCCUCAUUUUUAAGAAAAUGGUUCUGUGAAAAGUGAAUGAUAUGUAUUUUUACAAAUGCUUCAUGGUUAAGAGUGUUCAAGUCACAUAUCCCCCAGAUUUGAGAUAUAUAUCCAAAAAAAGAAUUUCAAAAAUAGCAGUUUGGGGCCCACACAGUUUGGGCUCCACAAAAUAACUAUUAUUUUAGUCUUAGAGCCUUACAUUUGUUUCUUGAAAAGACUUGCAUAGCCAAAACCAAAUAACCAAAACCAAACAGAACAGAACAAAGGGGAAGAGGAUGGGGGAGACACGUGAGAAGUGGUUUUCACUGAGCAGCCCUGCUUAGUCUCCAUUAAGAGUCGUUUGACAUUCAUGUGGAUGUAAAAUUUUAAUUGUCAGUAUCUUUCGCAAAUGAUCUUUUUAAGAUUUAAAUGGUUUUGCAUAUGUUUAUCUCUGUGUCAAAAUACUUGCAAAUUGGGAACACACUUCUCUCAGCUUCUUGAAGCUGUUCAAUUAUCCUUGCCACCCAAGACCAAACAGGUUUUUACUGCCUUUUCUUUUGCUUAAUCCUUUGGGAAUUAAUUCUUACGCUUUUUACUACAAACAAAAUUACUCACCUGGAUUAAAGAUUAAGGCCUUAAUCUCCUUAGAUUAUCUUUAAUCUCCAUAAAAUUGUGGAACAAGACAGAAAUAGGCCAUUUUACAGCUAAUUGCCCAUAAAUAGUAGCAGUUUUGACCUGAAGUACUAAGCUAAUUGUCUUGACUACUCAAAGUCCCUGAAUUGCUGUCAACUUUCCUCUUUGUGUUGUGUAUCCCUGACGUCACUUAGCUUGUUAUCUGAAGCCUCCAGUCGGACACCUCCGAUGGAGCUUUGAUUUCUCAAGCAGUGAAAGCUCCCCUCCUCACACGCGUCUCCUGUAGGCUGCCUAUGAUGAAGGACCAGACACCUCCACUCCUCCAGCGUGCUGGCUGAGUUUAAAAGCUGACCUGUGUUUGUAAUUUCACUUUCAUCUUGCUUAAUAAAUAUCUGCUGGAUUCUUUCAUU